AUGGCGGUGUGCGGCGGCGCUGCUGCUGGCCGGGGUCGGCACGUCGUGGUGGCGCGCGCGGGCUGGCGGCAGCCCGGCGCUCUUCGUGGCGGGGUUGGCCGGUCAGAUCUGCGCUGGCCGGAGGUGGGGAGCGGCGGUUGGAGCUCGGCAGGAGGCCCUGCAGUGCGGCGUGCACCGCCGCCGCCGCACGGGUUCUCGGCUCCAUGUAGAAGAUCUGUCCCUGCUCCGAUUGGUCCCGAUCCGUGCUGGCACCGGUCCUUGGAGGCGGCUUCGGCGUCCCCUAUGGCCGGCCUGGCGGAUCUGGUCUCGGGCUUCAGCGGCUACAGCAGGGCGGCCUCCGAUGGGUAUCCAUACCCUUCCGGCUCCCCGGACACCUACCGGCACCGGCGGCAGGCCUCCUCGUACAGCGCGCCGUUCUCUUCCCAGCUGAGCCGGAGCUCCACCCGCAGCAGCAGCAGCUCGUUCAAGGCGGCAGCGCGGGGCGUCGCCGGCGUGUUCGGCACCUGCUUCGUCCCCCGGGUCAGGAAGGCCGAGGCUGAGCAAGAACGGGAGGUCUCUCAGGUAUCAAAGGGGAGCAGGAGUGGAGGGUACUCUCACGGGAGCAGGAGCGCGGGCUUCCAUGUCUCCGCAGAUUCAGCAGGGGCAGGCAAGGAGGGUGCAGGGCUCACCGUUGCAGACAUAUUCAGAGCAACAUCGAACUUCAGCGAGAAGAACAUGGUCAGGGAGGGAGCUUCUUGCAGCGUCUACAAAGGGAAGCUCAGGGACGGGUCACAGGUUGCCGUCAAACGUGCCAGGAAGUUAAACGGUCAGUAUCUAUCUGCUGAACUUAGCAGGGAGCUCGAAACGCUUCAGAAGAUCGAGCACCAGAAUUUGGUGAGGUUCAUCGGGUUCUUCGGGCAGAGAGAUGAAACUCUAAUUGUUACAGAGUACGUCGACAAUGGCUCCUUAAGAGAACACUUGGAUGAAUCGCGUGGAACCGGGUUAGAACUUGCGCAGCGGCUCAACAUCGCGAUCGACGUGGCUCACGCCAUCACCUACCUGCACGAAUACGCAGAACGGGCGGUGAUCCACCGGGACAUCCGGUCGUCGAACGUGCUGCUGACGGGCGCGCUGGCGGCGAAGGUGGCCGGGUUCGGGCUGGCUCGGGUGGCCGGCGACGGCGAGGCGACGCACGUGACGACGCAGGUGGUGGGCACGGCCGGGUACCUGGACCCGGAGUACCUGGGCACGCUCCAGCUCACGGACAAGAGCGACGUCUACUCCUUCGGCGUCCUCCUCGUCGAGCUCGUCACCGGCCGGCCGCCCAUCGAGCGCCGCCGCGGCCUCGAGCCCCGCGCCACCACCAAGUGGGCGCUGCAGAAGUUCCGGGGAGGCGACGCGGUGGUGGCCAUGGACCCGAGGGUGCGGCGGAGCCCGGCGUCGGUGGCGGCCGUGGAGGGGAUGCUCCGGCUGGCCGAGCAGUGCGUCAUGCCGGCGAGGCAGGACCGGCCGUCCAUGCGGCGGUGCAACGAGGCGCUGUGGACCGUGCGAAGGGACUUCCAGCGGAGGCAGGAGCCGCGGCAGGACGGGCCGGCCGCCGCCGGCGGCGCCGGAGACAGGAGCUCCGAGUGGGUUAGCCGAUGACGAUGCCUCCGAAGUUGCCGUCCCUGACCAGUGUUUAACUGUUUAUUAUACCAAGGAAGAUUUGCAGUUUUCUUAGAAGAAGAGAUCAUUACACUU